AUCUACGUUCGGUUGCUUAACGAACGUGAAGGCGGAGCCGCACGCAGUCCCAAUGGCCAAGGCCCAUUGCUCCAAACCCUUUUUACUGUUUUCCCUUUCUUUUCUUCACUCUCCUCUGUUCGUUGCUUCGGCUCAACCUGGUUGCCGUUGCCGACUCCGACAGUAAUUAGUACAUGCAAUGGAGAUCGAGGGCUUACUCUACGAAACCCUAGGCCCUCUGUCUGCCUCUACCGUCACCUCAACGGAUCCAUCCGAUACCGACACGACCGAGCCGUACUCCGUCUUCCGUAAUCAAAUUUCUGAUUCGUUGCCCAACCGUCCUUCGCCGGAAACUGCCGCUCCCGAUUACUUCUCCCUCGACGUCGACGCUGACGAUGAUGUCGAUGGCUUGACACAAUCCUCUGCUGCCCCUGUAUCUCCUGCUGCUACUACCCCUGUGGCUCGAACUGAAGAACGGGUGCUCGAGUCGGGCUGGUUCAGAGCCAAUGGUCGUUUUAAGAGCCCCAUGCUUCAGCUCCAUAAAGAGAUUCUUGAUUUUUGCUCCUUUCUCUCUCCAACCCCUGAAGAGCAAGCGUCACGAGCCCAGGCUGUAGAUUGCGUUUCUGAAGUCAUUAAAUAUAUAUGGCCUCACUGUAGGGUUGAAGUGUUUGGAUCAUAUAGGACAGGGCUUUAUCUACCAACCAGUGAUAUUGAUGUUGUGAUUUUGGAAUCAAAGGUCAACUCUCCUCAAAUUGGUUUAAAAGCUCUUUCUAGAGCAUUGUCACAAAGGGGAAUUGCCAAAAAGAUACAGGUGAUUGGAAAAGCUCGUGUGCCAAUUAUUAAGUUCGUAGAAAAAAGAAGUGGCAUUUCUUUUGAUAUUAGUUUUGAUGUGCAAAAUGGGCCACAGGCUGCUGAGUUUAUACUGGAUGCCAUAACCAAAAUUCCACCCCUAAAGCCAUUGUGUUUGAUACUGAAGGUGUUUCUACAGCAAAGAGAACUGAAUGAGGUUUAUUCUGGCGGAAUUGGCUCAUAUGCUCUACUUGCUAUGCUCAUAGCACAGUUGCAGACGCAUUGGAGAGGACAGGUUUUCCAUGAUUCCCAAACUAAGCCCGAACAUAACUUGGGAGUCCUUCUAGUCAACUUCUUUGACUUUUAUGGUCAUAAACUGAAUACUUGGGAUGUUGGUGUAUCCUGCAAAGAGCCAGGAACCUUUUUCUUGAAGAUUAACAAAGGGUUCUUGAAUGCUAAACGACCGUAUCUUCUGUCCAUAGAGGACCCACAGGCACCGGAUAAUGACAUUGGGAAGAACUCUUUCAACUAUUUUCAGAUCAGGUCAGCUUUUGCGAUGGCUUUCUCGACAUUGACUAAUGCGAAGACAAUUAUAGGUUUGGGUCCUGACAGGAGCAUUCUUGGGACCAUUAUAAGACCAGACCCAGUUUUAUUAGAACGAAAAGGGGGCGCCAACGGAGAGAUGACUUUUGAUAGCUUGAUCCCCGAAUCAGGCAAAGUGGUGCAGCCACAGUUCAGGAAUGAUAAUGAAUUCUUAUGUAAUUGGCAGUUGGAUGAGGACGAACCACUGCCAAGGGGGGAUAAUGUUGCUGUGGAAGAUAGUCGGCAUUCCUCACGAAAGAGGAAAGCUUUCAAGGAGAAGUUUAAAGCCAAGGGAAAGGAAAAUGGGGAGAUGUCAAAGAAAAGACAUGAAGAAAGUGCAGUGAGGAAGAAGGGAAUUAAGAAGCGGUUUAGAGAAUCAAAAGACCACCAAGAUGGAGAUGACAGAUACGGUGGCGGUGGUUAUUGUGCUAGACAGUCCCCAUGGAGUCGUAGCUGUUAGAAUUUUGCAUGUCCAUUUCUCUGGCACAUGAGGGCUUAAAUAGUGAUUAGACCUUAAGUUAUACAAGAGAGUUGCAAAUGCAUGUGAUAUCAGCCUUCUGCAAAUGUCAGAUUACCGAAAAUACAGUUUUGACAGCAGAUUAUCUGAGUGUAACGUUAUGCCUACAAGUUGUUCAAGUUAAUUUUUCAUGAAGCAUUCUAGUGAUGAAAGAGAAGUUACAAUUCC